AUGUCGUCAGAUCCUAAACUUGGACAUAAUCAGAAUAUAGAUGCAGACAUUCUAGGCCCACAGUUAGGCCCGAGAUCCGCACUCUCGUCAAUCGAAUUUCUGCUUACAAUCAGAGAACAGGAUAUAAGGCCAAGCUACCAAUCUAUAAAUGUCGUCGAUUUGGUCCUGCGCCGUACUUACGACAUGAUCAUGUCAUGGAUUUCAUUCUCUCACACGCAUAAUGAGGUAUGGGGGUCAAAGUGGCAUCUUGCCCGACAGAGGUUUCUGGAGCUAUUUGAAGGCGAUAACUUUUUUACUGGAAACGAUAAAAUGAUAGAAAAAUGCUGCAAACUGGCGGCCUUAAUCACCGGAGCUGUCAUUGACUAUACUCAUCCCUUUUCAGAGACUUCUUUGGAAGCUUUUCUGCAGGAUCUAAAGUCUUUUAUCGAGCAAACUGAUCCAAAAUUUUGGAUACAGUAUGCCCCAGAACCAAUUCUCAACGGAAAACCCAUCCAAUCAACCAUUAUGAGCGAUGUUGACAUUGAUAAUGUCUCCCUGAUCGCCAACGACAUCUCCAUUGCCCACACACUUCGUAUAUCCCUUUUCCCAGCAGCACUGGAUGAUAUCCUGGAUCUUCGCCGCGACGUUCUGCGCACGCACAUGGGUCGAUCCUGUGGGGAUGCCGGAGGUACGGCGCAUGGUCAGAAGCGCGGUGCCGUAGGUUGCGAAGUUGCUGCUCUUGCGGCCGGAAACGCGGUAGUUGCCGUUGUACGCUUCCACGACGCCCUUGAUGCCGACGAUGUCUUGGCCGAUAACGUUGGUGCUGGGAGCGCAGCUGUAGCCGUUGGCCGCGCUGGCGGUCUGGAUGAGGAGAGCGCCAAUGGCGGCGGAUGCAAUGGUGAGCUUCAUGGUGAAUUAAAAGGGGAUGGUUGGAGCUGUCGAAAUAGGUCAGUUUUCAAAUAG